GUUUAAAUUAUAUCAAUGUAAUAGUUAUUUUACUGACGCAGUCUGAUCAUUCAAAAAUCGAUGGCAAUUGUUUUAAUUUCUUUAGGAUUGUUACAGGCUAUAUUCCAACUGUGCUCUGGUGAAACUAUUGAAUGUCAGCCUGGCCUAUUCCGUUGUGACGAUGGUUCAUGUAUCGAGGAAAUUUGGCAUUGUGAUGGCGCCAAAGAUUGCGAUGAUAUGUCAGACGAAAAGAAUUGUGAAAAUUAUCAGUGCGGCGCAAACUAUUUCGCGUGCGGUAAUGGUACGGGUCCGUGUAUUUCCAAACUGUGGGUGUGUGACUCGGAUUUCGAUUGCUUUGAUGGCUCAGAUGAGAGUCCGCAACAAGAAUGUGUACCAAGGCACACAUACUGUGGCGACCCCAUGAUCGAAUGUUUAAACGGCUCAUGCUUGACGCAGGAGCAGCUGUGUGAAGGUUUUACGUGCUUGGAAUACGUGCCUGACAUCUCAGGGCUCACGUGUGCAGGGAUCACGUGUGUUGAUCACCAGUUCCAAUGUCUAAACGGUAUCUGUAUUGACAAGAGUCACGUGUGUAAUGGGAUACGGGACUGUUUUGAUGGAACGGAUGAGGACACGAGUUGCAAUGCUGAUGAAUGUCGAAUGUUCAAACCAUGUAGUCAGAUUUGUACAGACAAGAAGAUGGGAUACGAGUGCUCCUGUUACCAUGGUUACAGUCUGAAAACGGAUGGCAAAACCUGUCAAGACGUGGACGAGUGUUCGACAGAGUUUCCGUGCGCGCAUUUCUGCCAAAAUGCACAGGGGACGUACUUUUGCACGUGUGCAGAGGGGUUUUCUUUGGUAGGCGACAGACGGGGAUGUAAUUAUACGAACAGCAUGUCUGCAGAUGAGCAAACCAGCAAUAAUUCGAAAGUAACAACUGUUUCGGCAAUAAUUCAAACCAACAAUGAGAGAUCGAAUAUUUAUCUUCUUGUUAUUUUACCGGCUGUGGGUUGCAGUCUUGGGUUAUGUCUAGUUGUUUUUGUUGGACUAUUGUGUUGCAAACGGACAGGUAGACUCUGUUUUUCGCAUAGACAACAAAAGGCCAAGAAAGAAAGGUAG